AUUUCACUCCAACCAACCGACAGAUCACUAAAGAAGUUGCCGCCUCCUCCACCUGUCAUUCCAUGCGGGUCGGGUUCGUGGAUCAUAUCUACAACCACCAAUCCCUUCUCAGUCCGGCUCACCGCCGUUGUUUCCUUCUUUGCGUACCUAAAUUGGGUCGGGUGUCACUGAUCCUCCUCUGGUUAUUCGGGUCUUAGGUUUUUAUAAAGAUGGAAGACAGAGAAGCUGGAUUACAAGACAGAUUGAGCGAUCUACCCGACUACAUAAUUCACGAAAUCCUUUGUUUCCUCGAGAUUAAUCAAGCGAUCCGAACUUCUGUCUUGUCCGAAAGAUGGAAAAACUUGUGGGCUUCUGUUCCAGACCUGAAUUUCAACAGCAAAAGUUUUACAGAACAAACGUUUCCUAAGUUUCUCCGAAGAGUUAUGUCCAAACGGGAAGAUUGCAACGUUCGGAGACUUGACAUGUUUGCCCAUUUGCCCAUUCGUCUCUCAUCAAUGGAGGGUUUGAUAAAUUACGCAGUGGCUCAUCAGGUUGAGGAUUUUCGGUUUGUUUCUGAUGAUGUCCAGCCUGUUUCUUUACCAGCAUGUGGUUCCUUGAAGACCCUUUUCUUAUCUCGAUGUAAGUUUGGUGAUUUGCUGACAUCUUUUGGUUUCGGUUUUGUUAAUCUGACCUCGUUGGACUUGUAUGUGUGUUGGUUUUGUUAUUCUGAGAAUGAUUUUGGUGACCCUUUUGCUAGUUGUCGGAAUUUGAGGAGGUUAUGCCUCCGUUAUUGUCGGUUUCCAUCUUUGAAAAGGUUGAAAAUUACUGGGUUUCAGCUGGUUAGCUUAGAAAUUCAAGGGUUCGGCUAUGGUGAUCGAGGGUUACAAGAAGGUUGUGCGGUUGAGAUUUUUGCGCCGAAUCUGUUGUCUUUUGUGUACAAAUUCUCCAAACCAGUGGAUUUCUGUGGGCUUCAUUUUCCAUCUCUUGAUUAUGUUGAGGUCCAUGUUUGGCAACAUGGUACUGAUGAGGCUACUGAUCAUGACAAAAGAAGGGCCAGUCUGUUCUUGAUGAGUAUGUUUGAAGGCUUUGGGAAUGCACAAUCUGUCAAGUUAUAUUGCGAAACCAUUCAGGUUCUUGAUUUGGUUGAUGGAUUGCUAGAACAACAACCUUCUCCCUUUAAAAGAUUGAAGAAAGUAGAUGUGCAAUGUAAUCGUGAAUCAUUCAAGGUACCUGCUCAUGUGACAAACUACUUACUCGCUGGCACUAUUGGGCAGGAACUACAUCUAGAGGUGCCAACCUGAUGAUUAGCAGCUGCAUAUUUCAUAGGAGUAGAUUUUGGCGGUGAUGGAUAAAUUCAUACCAAACUUCCCUUUCCUUUUGCUUACCUUUCUUAUUGCAGCAAAGGCGUCCAUACAUUGUGAAUAUUUUGUCUUGUCUCAGCAAGCAAGUGCAUGGAAAGUCCGCUUCAUCUUCAUAACAACACUCCCAGAAAGGCUGAAAAGGAAUGUAGGAGAAACUAAGUUGUGCACAAUCGCUUAAGAAAGAAAACUUCAAGUUUAGUCACCAAUCUAUGCUUUUUGUCUCUUUUUUUUCAAGUAUAUACACAAUCAAUUUCCUUCCUUCAGAACCUCUUGCUAGAGGACAUUUGUGAAGUCUAUGCCGCAAUGAUUGUGCAGGUUAUACUCUCUGAUCUUUCCAGAGCUUUAAAAUGUUGCUAGAGUAGAUAGUAGUAAUUGCAAAAAUCCUCCUUCUGGAUUCUAUUGUAAAUUUCAAUGAAAAAUGAAUGUAGUGCUGUGAUUAAGAUGAAGAA